AUGUCCAAGACUUUCACGGCCGACGAGGUCGCCGCUCACAAGAAGGCCGAUGAUCUGUACAUCAUUGUUGAGCAGGAUGUCUACGACUUGACCAAGUUCCAAGAUGAGCACCCGGGUGGAAAGAAGAGUACGAAGAGAUGAUGGACUCGAAACCUGCCAGACCAUUUCGCUGACCCUCCUCCUCAAGUCCUCCAGAGAGUCGCCGGCAAGGACGCCACCAAGCAGUUCUGGAAGUACCACAACGAGGCCAUCCUCAAGAAGUUCCAGCCCAAGCUGCAAGUCGGCUCGCUAGAUACCAAACCCAAGCCCGCUGCUCCCACACCUCCCCCGUCGCCGCCAGCUGAGAAGAAGGAGAAGGUCGUGCCACAGGCCGAGCCCGGGGUUAUCGUGCCCGUCGCAGGCCCCGCCGCCGAAGAGGAGGCAGAGGCAAUGGAUCAGUUCGGAGACAUGGUCCCAUACGCGGAUCCAUCUUGGUACCAGAGCUAUCACACUCCCUACUUCAACCAGACCCACGCCGAUCUCCGCGCGGAAGUCCGGCAGUGGGUUGAGGACGAGAUCAUGCCCAAUGUCACCGAAUGGGAUGAGGCCAAGAAGGUCCCCGACAGCAUCUAUAAGCAGAUGGGAGAGCGCGGAUACUUGGCAGGUCUCAUGGGUCUGCACCACUGGCCUACGCACCUCACCAAGCACACGACCAAGUCUGUGCCACCGCAGAAGUGGGAUCUGUUCCAUGAGAUGCUGGUCACCGACGAGCUCUCCCGAUGCGGUUCCGGCGGUUUCGUCUGGAAUGUUAUCGGAGGUUUCGGAAUCGGCGCUCCUCCACUUGUGAAGCACGGCAAGAAGGCAUUGGUUGAUCGGAUCGUUCCCGGAAUCCUGAACGGUGACAAGCGCAUCUGCUUGGCUAUCACUGAGCCUGACGCUGGGUCUGAUGUUGCCAAUCUUACAUGUGAGGCCAAGCUCACCGAGGACGGCAAGCACUACAUUGUCAAUGGAGAGAAGAAGUGGAUCACCAACGGUAUCUGGUAAGCUUUUACCCUCCCAUACUGACCACAACUUCUUUUCUAACCAAAAAAUCAGGUGCGACUACUUCACUACCGCCGUCCGCACCGGCGGCGAAGGCAUGAACGGUGUCUCGGUCCUCCUCAUCGAACGCGAAUUUGAAGGCGUCAGCACCCGCCGCAUGGACUGCCAAGGUGUCUGGUCCUCAGGCACCACCUACGUAACCUUCGAAGACGUCAAAGUGCCCGUGGAGAACCUCAUCGGCAAGGAGAACCAAGGCUUCAAAGUCAUCAUGACCAAUUUCAACCACGAACGCAUCGGCAUCAUCAUCCAAUGCAUCCGCUUCUCCCGCGUCUGCUACGAGGAAAGCAUCAAAUACGCGCACAAACGACGCACGUUUGGACAGAAGCUGAUCAACCACCCGGUCAUUCGGUUGAAGUUGGCGCACAUGGCACGGCAGAUCGAAGCUUCGUCUUCGUGGAUGGAAAACCUGAUUUACCAGGCGCAGAAGAUGAACGAGACGGAGGCCAUGCUGAAGCUGGGCGGUGCCAUUGCCGGGCUGAAGGCGCAGGCCACCACGACGUUUGAAUUCUGCGCCCGAGAGGCGUCGCAGAUCUUCGGUGGUCUCAGCUACAGCCGAGGUGGACAGGGCGCCAAGGUCGAGCGGCUGUACCGAGAUGUACGCGCCUAUGCCAUUCCCGGUGGCAGCGAGGAGAUCAUGUUGGAUCUGAGCAUCCGACAGGCUUUGAGGGUGCACCAGGCUCUGGGCAUGAAGCUGUAG